AACCCAUCAGCAUCUCCGAGUAUAUCCCGAAACCACAUAAGCGUAUCAGUUAACGAGAAAUUUUUUUUACUUCAUACGGUUAACAUGGCAUCAAGCGACUCAAGUCAACCUUCAAAUGCAGCUACAAGUGUAGCUACAGAAGAACCUACAAAUUUAAACUUGACGCGUCUGAUCGAUUAUCUAGCAAACUCUCUAAAGAAAACGCUUGGUGGUGUACACACCUAUACUAUAUACGCGCUUUCUACUAAAUUGAUACCCAAAGAAUCUUUGACUCUACCUGAAAUAUCCAACGCUGACUCGAACACCAACAAAUCUAAUCUCUUUGAGAGACAGUUACUAUUACUUGUAAAGGAAAAAAUUCCGUCAAAUGAUAAAGAAGUGUUUGUCUCCGGUGUAGAAAUUUAUGAAUAUCAUGAUUUUGACAGAGAUUUACUUAAUAUCUACAUAUCUAAAGUAGACACUACUGGAUAUCGACCUUGUUCUUCGACUCCUACCAAAAAUUUGUUAACCGCCUAUAUGAAAUUCUACUUAGAAGAAACCAAUGUUAAUAGGCAACUGUUAUUGAAACGUAAAACAAUCAAAUUUAAUAUUUUUGCGCGGCCACAUCCCCAAUAUCUAUUUCACCUUUCAGAAAAAAAUCCGACGAAACGCGUAUUAAACGACUCUGAAUUAUUAAAAUGGUGGAAAAAUGUUCUUCAACAAACUUUUUUACACAACACAAUAUAUAUUGUGAAUGGUGAAGCGGAAAAUCGCGAAAAUUUAUUCUGGCAAUAUGGAUAUCCAUAUUCGGAUGCUGAAGAAGCAAUAAAAGUUAUUCCUAGGUUUGAAGAUGACGCAAAGUCAAGAUGGUUGGACACUGCCAGGGAAUCAUCAUUAACAGUGAAGAACUUUUGGGAGUUGAUAUCUAUUGGGGGUGAAUUUGCUGGCGGAAAGCAGGCCGGUUUCUUUUGGGUUGAGGUUGCAUUAGAUGAUAAUCAAGGAUUGGCAAACCAGGAUAUAGAAACAAUACCAAUCAUUGACCAAAGUUUUAACAUGGGAAUAAAGAAAGAACUCGAGAAAGAAGUUGGUGGUGUUGUUGUUAGUUCUCACACGUAUGUUCAGGCUCUUGGAGAACUUUUCACUCAGGAAUUCCAUUCCGAAGAGACUGCAAUUGAAUCAACUUCAUAUUGGUGUCGUUAUUUUACCGGAUUACAAGAUAAAAUUAAUCCGGACAAUUUGGUGAUUAAAUUUACGGUGAAUAAUAGUACCAUAACACAUAAUGAUG